CUCCUGCCUAGCCGCUGUCUAAAGCUGGCCAAGAUCUAUCGAAGACCGAGCGAUGCGCCAAAGUAGCCAUGUCCUGGGAGAAAUGCCCACGGUGUUCCAGGUCUUUGUGAAACGUCCUGAGCCGAUUCAACAUGCGGAGGACUGCGCGAAGAUGCACUGCUUCGAGCAGCCCGAGCAGUCGCAGUGCCGCGGCUUGUGUCGGCGGCAGCGGGAGAUUCACAACGUGGAGCAGAUCCAGUUGCGUGCUUCUGGAGCCUACCGAAGUCCUUUGCGUGUGAACGACUUCGAGACCAAGCGUGCGAUUGCAGAUCGAGAGAAGCCGCCGCCCACCAAGUGCACGUUUAGGGCUUGCAAAGAGGCGGAUAUGCGAAACCAUUUCAAGGACUAUGGGAUCAUCGAGUCCCAGUCGAAUCCCUACCACACGCCACCAGAGGGCAAUGAAAGUGGACUCUUAGAAUCCCAUGGCCCGCUGCUGUUGCCACUCCCAAUGAGGCGAAGUGCUUUGCGGCCCCACCGUCGUCCGACCGCGCUGGGUCACUUCUUGUGACCGCCGUUGG